GCAGCAACAGUCAGAUGGUUUACCUUCCAGAGGCUGGCAAUGCUCUUUCACUGGAGGACACAGCCAAGAAGGAAGUCCACCAGCCUACCAAGAUGAAAUGCCUUGAAGGGCCAGGUAAGACCUGUGGCCCUUUGGCUCCUGAGGAGGAGCUGGUGUCUGCCUGCCACUUGGAAAAAGAAGAAGAGAAUGAAGGGGAGGAGGAGGAAGAGGAGGAGGAGGAGGAGGAUCUGGACCCAGACCUGGAGCAGGAAGAGGAGGAAGAGAAUGAUCUUGGGGAUCCAACUGUACUUGGUGCUGUCCAUAACACCCAGAGAACUCUGCUCAGCUCCCCUGGAGUCAAGGCCCCUGGUGUGCUGGGAAUGUCACUUGCCUCCUUGCAUUUUCUGUGGCAGACCUUGGACUACCUGUCGCCCAUCCCUUUCUGGCCUACAUUUCCCAGCACCAGCUCUCCAGCACGGCACUUUGGACCUCGGCUGCCCUCACCAGACCCAACUCUUUUCUGCAGCCUGCUGACCUCGUGGCCCCCUAGGUUCAGUCAUCUGACCCAGCUCCACCCUCAGCACCAACGGAUCUUGCAGCAGCAGCAGCACAGUCAAACACCAAGUCCCCCAGCCAAGAAGCCUUGGUGUCAGCAGCCAGACCCCUAUGCUAACCUCAUGACCAGAAAAGAGAAGGACUGGGUGAUAAAAGUGCAGAUGGUGCAACUGCAGAGUAUAAACCCCCGCCUGGAUGAUUACUACUACCAGGAAUAUUACCAGAAGCUAGAGAAGAAGCAGGUAGACGAAGAGCUACUCGGACGAAGAAACCAGGUUGAGUCCCUCAAGCUGGUAACGCCUUACAUUCAGAAAGCAGAGGCUUAUGAGUCCGUAGUCCGAAUCGAGGGUUCCCUGGGCCAGGUAGCUGUGUCGACGUGCUUCAGCCCUCGCCGAGCUAUUGAUGCUGUACCCCAUGGAACUCAAGAGCAGGAUAUAGAAGCUGCAAGCAGUCAGAGGCUUCGGGUGUUAUACCGGAUUGAGAAGAUGUUCCUUCAGUUACUAGAAAUAGAGGAGGGCUGGAAGUAUAGGCCUCCACAGCCCUGCUUUUCUGAGCAGCAAAGCAACCAGGUUGAGAAGCUCUUCCAGACCUUAAAGACCCAGGAGCAGAACAACCUGGAGGAGGCAGCAGAUGGCUUCCUGCAGGUGCUCUCUGUGAGGAAGGGGAAGGCCCUGGUGGCCCGGCUGCUCCCCUUCCUGGCCCAGGAUCAGGCUAUUACCAUUCUUUUGGCUAUCACCCACCAUCUGCCCCUCCUGGUCCGGAGGGAUGUGGCUGAUCAGGCCCUACAAAUGUUAUUCAAACCUCUGGGCAAAUGUAUCAGUCACUUGACCCUCCAUGAACUCCUCCAAGGACUUCAGGGAUUAAUGCUGUUGCCACCUGGCUCCUCAGAGCGGCCAGUCACCGUGGUGCUUCAGAAUCAGUUUGGAAUAUCUUUGCUCUAUGCCCUACUGAGUCAUGGGGAGCAGCUGGUAUCGCUGGAUUCUUCCCUAGAGGAACCCAACAGUGACCAUACAGCUUGGACAGACAUGGUGGUUCUGAUUGCCUGGGAAAUAGCCCAAAUGCCUACAGCCUCUCUGGCAGAACCCCUAGCUUUCCCCAGCAACCUACUUCCCCUGUUCUGUCACCACGUGGACAAACAAUUGGUUCAGCAGCUGGAGGCCAGGAUGGAGUUUGCCUGGAUCUACUGAUCUGUUUGUUCUGGAAUACAUAUAUGUGGGAAGCUGAAUCAUCAGACACUAGCUGUAUAGACUGUAUUUACAGGGAUCCAGAGAGUCUGAAGACAUUUCUUAAGCCUUUAUAUAUUGGAGAACCCUUCCCCAAACAUUUUCAUAUCCUUUCUUCAAAAAUCUAAAUGAUGUGCCUAAAAAUAAGACAUGGCAUAAUCAGGUAUAAUUAAAGAGAUAAUAGAAUGA